GCCCUACUGUGGCUGCAGCUCUUCCUGGAGGGGCUGAGGACCGGCCAGGAGGACUCCCGGACAUCCGUUAUCUGCAGGGACUCCUACAACGCUUCCCUGGCGAACUACCACCCCUGGGUUAUUCGCAAAAUUGCCACGGCUGCCUUCUGCACGCUUCCCGCCCGGGACGCCUUUCUGGAAAUCAUGAACGUGGGCACGCCCGAGGAAGCUGUGGCGAUGCUGGGCGAGGCCUUGCCCUACAUCCGCACCGUCUACGGCAUCACCCAGGAGCUCUUUGCCCAGCAUCAGCUGCUCGACCUUCCUUGA